AUGACUACAAAACGACGAUUAAAACGUUAUAUACCAAAUUUAAGUGAACUUGAAUAUGAUUUACAAUGUGAAUGGGGCACAGAAUGUUGUGUUCGUUUAAAUGACCUUAAAGAAUUUUACCAACAUUUGGAUGAACAUCUAUCAAAUUAUAUUAAUCAAUAUCAACAAGUGCCAAAUUUAACUUGUCAAUGGCGUAAUUGUGGUCAUGUAGAAGAAUUUGAUAUAUCAUCAUUUAUUCGACAUGUACAAUUUCAUGGUUUUCAUACUAAAUUGAAAUAUCUUGGAAUGAAAACAUGUGAAUAUCAUCAUCCUAAUAUUCCACCAUGUCAAAAAUCAAGUGAAAAUCGAAAUAUUAUUCCUGAUCUACCUGAAGAAUUUCGUUGUUCAUGGGGAGAUUGUCAAUUUACUAAUAGUCAUGCACAACUUUUCUAUGAACAUGUUAAUCAACACGCUGGCUCUGAUAUUUGUCGUUGGAUAGGUAAGAUUUAAGAUUUCUUUCAAUUUUUCCUAUGUGCGUC